GAAAAAGCAACUUCCUUUCUAAUUUUGUGGCGGAGACUGAAGGGUCUCUUGUCCGCCUUUGGGUUGCUCUCAUCGGGUAAAAUGCCAGGAAAGAUCUUCUUUGACAGUGACAACAUGGACACGGAAGAAACUUUGGAAGUUAACAGCUCAGAACAGAACCAACAGAAGAAACCAAAAAAGGAAAAAAAGUCUAAGGAUGAAAAGAAAUUGAAAAAACAAGAUCCCGAUGAAGAGUGUGAGCCACCAAAACCCAAAAAGAAAAAGCGAGACCCCGAAGCUAUCAAUGGAGAUGUGGGGUCCACUCAAAAACUCCAGGAACCAACAAAUAGUAAAGUGGUUUGUGACCCUAUUAGUAAUGGAACAUCAAAAAUGAAGUUAGUUUCUCAUUCCAGUGAAGAAUCAGGCCCCGAAGGUGACAGUGAUGCAGAAAUCAAGGAAGAAACUCCAGAACAAAAAGAGGGUGCUUUUUCUAAUUUUAGGAUUUCUCAAGAAACUGUAAAUCUUUUGAAAGAGAGGGGCGUUACAUAUUUGUUUGAUAUUCAAGCCAAAACCUUUAACUAUGUGUAUGACGGGAGUGAUGUGAUUGCUCAAGCUCGCACAGGAACUGGGAAAACCUUUUCCUUUGCUAUUCCUCUGAUUGAAAAACUCCAGUCUGAUGCCUUGGAAAGAAAAAGGGGGAGGGCCCCAAAGGUUUUGGUUCUCACCCCAACAAGAGAGCUGGCUAUUCAAGUGGCAAAAGAUUUCAAAGAUGUAACCAGAAAACUGGCAAUAGCAUGCUUUUAUGGUGGAACUGCUUACAACCCUCAAAUUGACGCUAUACGGAGUGGAAUUGAUAUCUUAGUGGGCACUCCUGGUCGUAUUAAAGACCACCUUCAGAAUAACAAAUUAGACCUGGCAAAGUUAAAGCAUGUGGUGCUGGAUGAAGUUGAUCAGAUGCUGGACAUGGGCUUUGCUGAGCAGGUUGAGGAGAUUUUGCUGUCUGCCUACAAAAAAGGUUCUGAUGACAAUCCACAGACCCUGCUCUUCUCAGCUACAUGCCCUAGCUGGGUAUAUGAUGUUGCUAAGAAAUACAUGAGGCCAAAAUUUGAGCAAGUGGAUCUUAUUGGUAAGAAGACUAAAAAGACUGCAACAACUGUGGAACACCUUGCAAUUGAAUGUCAUUGGUCUCAACGAGCAGCAGUAAUUGGGGAUGUCAUUCAAGUAUACAGUGGAAGCCACGGGCGUACCAUUAUCUUCUGUGAGACAAAGAAAGAAGCAAAUGAAUUGGCCAUCAACGCCUCAAUUAAGCAGGAUACCCAGUCUUUGCAUGGAGACAUUCCACAGAAGCAGAGAGAAAUUACACUAAAGGGAUUCAGAAAUGGCUCUUUUGAGGUCCUGGUUGCUACAAAUGUGGCAGCUCGUGGGCUAGACAUUCCAGAGGUUGAUUUAGUCAUUCAGUGCUCACCACCCAAGGAUGUUGAGUCAUACAUUCACCGAUCUGGUCGCACAGGCAGAGCUGGACGCACCGGAGUCUGUAUCUGCUUUUACCAGCGCAAGGAGGAAGACCAGCUGCGAUUUGUGGAGACAAGAGCUGGAAUAACAUUCAAGCGAGUGGGUGUCCCAACUGCAAAUGAUAUUAUCAGAGCUUCCAGCAAAGAUGCUGUCAGAUUUCUAGAUGCUGUUCCCCCCUCUGCAGUUGGUUAUUUUCGAUCAGCAGCUGAAAAAUUGAUAGAGGAGAGAGGAGCUGUUGAAGCCUUAGCAGCUGCUCUAGCACACAUUUCUGGGGCUAAAUCUAUUGAACAGCGUUCUUUGCUUAGUUCUGAUGUGGGCUUUGUAACAAUGACUCUGAUGUGUUCAGUGGAAAUGCACAGCAUUGGGUAUGCUUGGAGGGGCCUUAGGGAACAGCUGGGUGAAGACGUUGAUUCAAAUAUUCAUAGAAUGAAGUUCUUAAAGGGCAAGACUGGAGUUUGCUUUGAUGUUCCAGCUGCCAGUGUGAAGACCAUUCAGGAAUCUUGGAAAGACUCGAGGCGUUGGCAGCUGUGUGUUGCAACUGAGCUUCCUGAACUAGAAGAAGUGAAGCGUAGUGGAGACAGAGCUUCAUCCGGUUUCGGCAAGAGAUCUUUCUAUGGUGGUGGAAAGAGAAAUGACCGGUUUAAUAACAACAGAGGACAACAGAAGAGAAGCUUUGGCAGAGCUUUUGCCUACUGAGGUGUCAAGACUCUAUUUGGAACUUUUGUCUUUCAUCUUCAGCAUCCUUCCAAUAUCAGCAUGGUCAGCUCUUUCACCAUAGUCUCAUAAAUCCUCACUUUGUAAAACAUAAGGGAUCUGAAGAAACUAUGACAAUUGCAUUGCGAUUGUGCAUUAUAAUGUAUAGGCCCAUUCACUGGAAUGAGAAACCUCAUUAAAGAUGUUUUAAAACA